UGGACUAUGUACAAAUAAUAUCCAUUCGUAAUUUUUAGUAAUUAUAUUACAUAUAAACUGAUAAUAUAUCUUGGUAUGGGCUCCAUAAUUGGGCAUUUGGACCUUGAACCCUGUGUACAAAUUCACUUUCGCCAUUUUUGUCGCUCUUCGAGAAGCCCACCCCCCUCAGCAUCUUCACAGGAGAGAAUACAUUACAGCCAGUUGUUUCAGUGAAUAGGCCUCCACUAUAUAGCCGCCGCGCCGAGACACACAGGUUGGUGGGGGGAUCGGGACACACAACACUGAAGAUGGCUUCACCGAGGACGAUAACAAUUGUGGCCCUCUCUUUUGCUCUUGGUCUUUUUUUCGUCUUCAUGGGCACUAUAAAGCUCACACCAAGAUUAAGCAAAGAUGCGUACAGUGAGAUGAAAAGGGCAUACAAAAGCUACGCAAAGGCCUUGCCAGGUCUAAAGAAGAUGGGUAUCAGUUCGGUGCUGCUCCGUAAGAUCGUUGGCUCACUGGAGGUGGGCUGUGGUGUGGUUCUGACGUUGGUGCCAGGGAGACCCAAGGAUGUGGCUAACUUCCUGCUCUUGCUGGUCAUGCUGGCGGUCCUUUUCUUCCACCAGCUAGUAGGAGACCCCCUGAAACGAUACGCCCAUGCUCUGGUCUUUGGCAUUCUGCUCACCUGCCGACUGCUCAUUGCCCGCCAGAGUGAGGACCGGCCUGAGAGGGAGGAGAGCAGGGAACAACACAUCAAUGUCCAGGAAAAGAACAAAGUCAAGCAGUCCUAAUCCAGCCCAAUCGUCUAGUCUGGGCAGAGCAACAGCAAAAUGGAACCUUGUGUAUUUCUUUGGAUUGUAGCAAUUCUGAUUCAAAAGAAACACAGUCGCUAUUAACAAGUGAUAUUUUUAUGUUUCAUUUUGACACAAAUACUAAUUUGAGUGACUUUGUUGGCUUUGAGACUGCUAAUGUUUUCCGCUAUUGAAGAUUGGUACUUUUCUAUUUUUUACAUUUUAGCUAGAAAGCUAAUGAUAUCCCUCGAAUUCAAUUGUUAUUUUACAACAAUUAUGCAUAGUUCAUAUUAAAUGGCUUAAACAAACUCAUAUCCUAUCACCACUGUUCAAGAUAUAUUGUUGGUGAAUAUUGACUCACAUUUAUUUAAAUAUAAUACACAGUAUCACAUAUUUCCAUUGGUAUUAGUAAAAUAAGAAUCAUUUCAGUGAAUUCAGAUUACUUUCCGUUAAAGCUUUUACCUGUUCAUUCGAUUUUCUUGUAAGUAUUCCUAUGCAUGAAAAUGUACCCCUUUUCCCCAAAGAAAAAUUAAACGGUCAAAUGACAAGUCUUUCACUCAUCACAAAUUGAUGAAUCACUUUGUUGCACCCAACACUUUUGUUCAAGAACUCAUAUGGAGGAGAGCAUUUUGCUAGCAAUUAUGUACAUACAUAAUAUAAUGUAUGCACACAUGACUGUAAGUCGCUUUGGAUAAAAGCGUCUGCUAAAUGGCAUAUAUUAUUAUUAUUAUUAUUAUUAUUAUGUCUAUGGUUGCUAGCCUAGUGCUGUCUCUAUGUCUCUGGAACACAGUCAGUAGUCCAGCUACUUUGUCAAAUGCUGUGUCAAUUGACAUGUCCAAUAAAGGACUUGAUAUUUGUCUCUUAAUAAAGGACUGUCUCUCUUUACAUCCAGUGACAACAAAGGCUUAUGUUUAUCUGUGAGUCUAUUUUGCGCUUGGAUUUUUUAAAACAGUAUUCUGUUGAAUUACUAUCUUAGAUAAGUAUUCAUAUGAGUAUUAACAUUACCACUGGGUUCUUCUUGUAAUGUAAAUGUAUUUGACUCAUAUAUAAGUGGUGCUACCUUCAGUAAUGAUGAGUAGAUAAAGGGAGGUUUUUAGUCAGAUGAGCAGUUGUUCAGUUGGUCCUUAACAUUCACAAUACUUCUGUAAAACAAGAUGAGCUAAAUAAAAAAAAAUGUACAGGUGG